UCCCGAAAGCCUCGCGAGAAUUGGGGCGGCGUUCUUCCCGAGGGCGUCACCGGGGCCAGGCAGUGGGGUUUGGGAGCCGGGCCUAGGGGCGGAGCUGGGAGAUGGCUUCUGGAGCGGCUCGCUGGCUGGCAUUGGCACCCGUCCGAUCCGGGGCUCUGCGGAGCGGGCCGAGCUGGAGGAAAGGUGGAGAUGUCUCCGCCGGACGAGGCGGUCCAGGUCGGAGCCUGGUGCCGUGGAGGUCAGUCAUCGUUACUCGCAGCGGCGCCAUUUUGCCCAAACCGGUGAAAAUGUCCUUCGGCCUCCUCCGCGUGUUCUCCAUUGUGAUCCCCUUUCUCUAUGUCGGGACGCUCAUUAGCAAGAACUUUGCUGCUCUACUUGAGGAGCAUGACAUUUUUGUCCCAGAGGAUGAUGAUGACGACGACUAACAGGGCAUGAAAGAAGUACAGAAGGGAGAAAACCCUACCUUAAUUAAGAAAUGGUGAUGCUCACAGCCUCGCCUCCUCCCCUAUCAGCAGAAGGGCACAGGGAAAGCCCUCAGCCUCCCAACUCCAGUGAAGCCUCCUGCAUGGUCUGUGACCACACCCCAGAUCCCCAGGCUCUAGGCGGUUCCCUGAGAUGUGCUGUCCACUGAGCACAAUCAGAUUAUGAAUGAACGAAUAAACAUCAGCUCUGUAUGACUAAGUGAUGGCUGAAAUUUCUCAGCAUGAGCAGGCUCUAGUUGUUGCGGUUUCUUGUCUUGGCUGGCCUUUCUCUCUCAGCUGAUAUAUAGGCCUUUGAUUUACAAUCCUGGAUCUCCUGGCCCCUAUGGAUCCAUAAUUAUGGGGGCCUGGGACCUAUUCUCAUUAUUUACAAAAGCGCAACACAAACUGUUUUCCCUCAAUAAAGCUCAAGCUUUUUUUAUGUUGAGGAA